UGAUUUGGUCCUGUGUAUUGAUUUUUCAAGAUGGGACAGUUCUAUUAUUAUUUUUCAUUUAAUGUUUAGAUAAAAGCCUAAUUUCCUUUUCAAAAUGGGCACCCAAAAGCCCGGGGAAUGGGCCAAUUCCCUGAUAGCGCGUUUUGAAGAGCAGCUACCAUACAAGACCGGAGCGCAGAGCCUGCAUACCCGGCUGACUGAAGAGCAGUGCAAGGCCUGCCUCGUGCAGAUCAGCCGGCACCGCUUCUCGCUCGUCAUCGCCGGCCUCACCAAGAUCCUGCAGCGGAUCAACGAACAGUACCAACCGACGCUAUCCUCAUCAAGCGUCAGCCGCUCCUCCGAACUCGACAAAGGCUACCACGACAGCCUGGUGAUAGUGCUAGACACGCUGGAGAUAUGCCUCAGCUCGCAACCGAAGGACACCACCAAGUACGACGAGGCUAUGAACGUCAAGAUACUGCUGAGGGAGGUGUGCCAGUUUAUUGACAUGCGAAACGAGAGCACAGUGAACAACGUAGAGCUGAGGCAGCUGUCUUCGAAGGUUCUGUUCGCGCUCAGCCUGAACUUUUUCAACGCUGUGUUUAACAGGAUCAGCGCUAGGUUACAGGAAGUUGCAUCCAGCUCAGAAGAAAACCCCGAUUAUACAGACAUAGAGUUAAUUCAGCACAUCAACGUCGAUAUACUGAGACUUAUUCGGCUGCUCACAGAGUCCAUACAAAAGUUUAAGCUGUUGAGAAAAUCAGCGCACAUAGUCCUAGUGGCUUCACUCGAGAAAGCUAUAUGGAACUGGAUGGACACUUACCCACAGGAAUUCGCCGAAGUCCAGUGCCGGCCUAACGACGAACUCAGCAAAUGCUGCGACACGUUAUUCGAUAUUUUACAAGACAGUUUCUCGGACAACAAGAAGUCGCGAGUGGCCAUGUGGCCUCUGCAGGUCAUGCUGCUCGUGCUUAACCCCAAAGUUCUAGAAGAAAUAGUGAACGCCGACAGCGGAGCGCCUUGCAGCCCGCGGCACACGAAGAAGAAGCUCUUCAUAGACUCAGUCAAGAGGGGCCUCAGUCCCCAGAACAAUUCGAAGCAAAUGACGGAAGCUGCGGUGGUGACUUGCGUGAAGCUAUGCAAGGCGUCCACUUACCUGAACAUCGCUGACUCCGGCAACGUCACGUUCGUGCUCGUCAAGUCCGUCAUCAACGACCUCAAGUCGCUCCUCUUCAAUCCUUCAAAAUCGUACAUACGUGGCAACCUGAUAUCCGGCUACUCGGAAUUGGACCUUAUGACCGACUGCUUCGUGUCACUUUUCCGCAUUAUGCCGCACAAUAAUGACGCACUCAAAGUGUGUCUCAAUCUGAACACACACUUGUCUUACCAUUACGUCAUCGUCAAUUCGCUGCUUCGGAUUAUCAAGCAGCCCAGGCUGCCUUGGUGGCCUCAGAUCGAGCUGCUAUACCCUCGCGCGGCAGAACUGAGGGCUAUGUUUACUGACACGUUGAAUAAGGCUACACAGGGCUACAUAGUCCACACUCCGCUCCGCAUGAUAUCGCUGUCGCUCAAGUCCAAGGAGGUGCAGUCCAAGUUCAACCGCUCGGAGGAGAUGCCUGCCUACAGGAACCUUCUGCUCAGCAUGGUGCGGCUCAUACACGCCGACCCUAUGCUGAUGCUGAGCAACCCAGGCCGCUCCGGCAUCGAGAUCCAAUCGUCCACCACCGAACUGAUCAACGGUCUCGUAUCGUUGGUCCACCAAGCGGGCAUGGGCGAGAUAUCGCAGGAGGCGAUGGACGCGCUGCUGGCGCUGCAUCGACCCGACCGCGUGCACAUGUGGCACCCGGACGCGCCCGAGAACACCUUCUGGGACAUCAGCUCGCAAGUCCUCUACAACAUCAGUCAAAAACUGAUCCAGCGUCAGAUCGGCAACUACCGCGAGGUUCUGCGCUGGUUGCGCGACAUUCUGACUUGUCGCAACGACUUCCUUGCUAAACACAAGGACUACGCCAACCAGGGCUCACAGCUGCCUAUAUGCAAGCAGGCGCAUAUAAAACUGGAGGUGGUAUUCUUCAUGUGCCUCUGGUCGAUCGAUACCGACGUGGUGUUAGUUGGCAUGUCGUGCUUCGCUCUCCUGUGUCAAGAGGCCGAUAUCCGCUGCGGAUCCGAUGAGAUCACCACGCAGUGUCUGCUGCCUAACUACGCUGUGUUUCAGGAGAUAGCACAUACUUCUACUGUUCUUACUACAGGUUCGGCAGCGCUACAGAAGCGUAUAAUGGCGUUGCUAAGGAAAAUUGAACACUGCGUGAAUGGAGUACAGCCUGUAUGGGAAGAGACUUUCAGGAAUUGGGACUCCCUAUGCAAGAUACUCCAGAAAUACCCAAAAGGGCAGGGCGACAAGAUGGACGAAUGCCAAAUGGAGGCCUUGCACAGAGCCGUUGCUAAGCGACGGGUAUCCCAUCAUACGAGCAGCGAACACGACUUUGAGAUGCAAAUCCAAGAGUGGGCUAACAUCACAUCGUUCCUGUGUGCUUUAGGCGGCGUCUGCUUACAGCGUCGGCCGUCCACCGUGUGGUCAUAUCUGCAUAGUCACGAUUCCCGAAAAUACAACGUUCUUGCAAACAGCUCACAAGAAGUUCAAUACUGUCCGGUUACUCACUUCCACAUCUACAGAUUCAUAGGGCAGUUACUCCGACUCUUGCUAUGCAGUAACGAACGCUUUGGGCAUCAGAUACAAACCCACGUGAAAGAGUUAGUCGGUCACGAAAUGUCGCCGGCACUGUACCCGACACUGUUUGACCAAAUAAAGGCUAUCAUUGACAAGUUCUUCGAUCAGCAGCAACAGGUGAUGCUAACAGACAUCAACACGCAGUUCGUAGAGCACACAAUCUUCAUCAUGAAGAGCAUCCUCGACAACAAGAAGAGUGGCCAGCCUUCAGAACCUCUCAGCACCACCUCCAUUGAGGGACUCAUGCUGGCUAUAGUCAGAUACGUCCGCCAUCUGGACAUGACAGUGCUGUCUGUUCACAUCAAGACGAAGCUCUGCCAAGUGGUGGAGGCCAUGAUGAAGAGGCGCGACGACCUCGCUUUCAGACAGGAGAUGAAAUUCCGCAACAAGAUGGUGGAAUACGUCACGGAUUGGGUCCUCGGAACCAGCCACCAGAUCGCGCCACCGCUGCGGCCCGACUCGUCAACCAUCAGCAGGUACCUGGUAUGCUGCAGGGAGCUUGAUCAAGCCUGCAUGGAGGCAGUCGCAGCGCUGUUGAAAGGCCUACCGCUUCAACCUGAAGAGUCUGAUAGAGGGGAUCUGAUGGAAGCUAAAAGCCAACUGUUUCUUAAGUACUUCACUCUGUUCAUGAACUUGCUGAACGACUGCAACGAGGUGGAAUUGGCCGAGGGUCCAGGACGAUUGGAGCCGUUACGCACUGCUACCAUCCAGGCCAUGUCAAAUUUGCUGAGUGCUAACAUCGACUCGGGACUUAUGCAUAGCAUCGACCUAGGCUACCACCGAGACCUGCAGACCAGGGCAGCGUUCAUGGAAGUCCUGACGAAGAUCCUGCAUCAGGGGACAGAGUUCGACACUCUGGCGGAAACGGUCUUGGCAGACCGCUUCGAACAGCUGGUGCAGUUGGUCACCAUGAUUUCUGAUAAGGGUGAACUGCCAAUCGCAAUGGCCUUGGCUAACGUGGUCAGCACUUCUCAAAUGGACGAACUGGCCCGCGUGUUCGUGACUCUGUUCGACGCUAAACAUCUCCUCGCUCCGUUACUGUGGAAUAUAUUCUAUAGAGAAGUCGAGAAUGCUACCCUCUACGAGGUGUCGGCAGGGCGUCAGCAAUGGCACGACCCUAUCCUGUACUGUGUGGACAUGUUGACUGACAACACGACCGAGAAGCCGCGCGCGAUCGCUGCGGUCUGCUACCCUGAGAUUCAGGAAGGCGACAGCCCUGUGCUGUACAUCGCAUAUGCUAUAGGUCUUCUGCUGUCAGUGCCGUUUCUGCUGGCCACGUUUCUGGUGUACGCAUUCAUCCCAGACCUGCGUAACCUGCACGGCAUGUGCCUAAUGUCGUACUGCGCUGGCCUGAUGGUGGCUUACAUUUUCCUGGCGUACCUCAAGGUGCAGACAGGGCAGAUAGGAGUGGCUAUGACUGGCUGUUACGUCAUUGCAUUCAUCGUGUACUACAGCUUCCAAUCCAGCUUCUUCUGGCUCAACGUCAUGUGUUUUGACAUCUGGAGGACAUUCAGCGGCUACCGAGGUGGCAGUUCUCACAAGCGACGUGAAAACCGGAGGUUCGCUCUGUACGGCGCAUACGCAUGGGGAAUCCCCUUGGCGUUGGCGGGCUGUACUAUCGGAAUGCAGUUCGCCGAACUACCCUCGGGGAUCAUUAAGCCUGGAUUCGGAACUAGAAGGUGCUGGUUUGAAAACUGGCUUAGCGAGAUGGUAUACUUCUUCACGCCAGUGUUGAUAUUGGUGGUAUGCAACGUGGUACUGUUCUCCAUUACGUCAUACCGCAUCCGCUCCAUCAGGCAGGAGACGGCCAUCUUGAAGGGAUCGGAGUCUGCUAGGAGCGACAAACUCAAGAAGGAUAAGCAGAGAUACGGCCUCUACGUAAAGCUGUUCGUGGUUAUGGGCGUGAACUGGACAGUAGAGCUGAUCAGCUUCGCCGUGGGAGGCUCCAACUGGUACUGGAUCCUGGUCGACAUCUCCAACAUUGCUCUGGGCUUCUUCAUCUUCUUCAUCUUCGUUUGGAAGAAGAAGGUGCGCAAUUUGGCUGCGAAGAGGUUCCGCACCAUGUUCGGAAUGGCGACAACAGCACCAGACAUGCGCAAGAGUCCUUGGACGAGCAGCACACACACGGAGGACACGCGCGUGUCCGCUUCCGCCGACGACCCCAGCAUGAGGUUGAAGGAUCUACGCUGA